CGAGCCCGAGCCCGAGCCCGAGCCCGAGCCCGAGCCCGGAGCGCGAGCCCGGGAGCGCCGAGCCUGGCUGGGGAGUCCUCCCUCCCAUGGAGCAGCCAUCCACCAUGGCUGAACCCCGAGGCCCUGUAGACCACGGAGUCCAGAUUCGCUUCAUCACAGAGCCUGUGGGUGGUGCAGAGAUGGGCACCCUACGCCGUGGUGGGCGACGCCCAGCGAAAGAUGCAAGAGCCAAUACCUAUGGGGUUGCUGUGCGUGUGCAGGGCAUUGCCGGGCAGCCCUUCGUGGUGCUCAACAGCGGAGAGAAAGGUGGCGACUCCUUUGGGGUUCAAAUCAAGGGGGCCAACCACCGAGGGGCCCCAGGAGCUCCAAGCUCUGAUUCAGAACUCCCUGAGAAUCCUUACUCUCAGGUCAAGGGAUUUCCUGUGCCCUCGCAGGACAGCACAUCGGACGAGGAGCCCGGGGCCCACUGGAAUGGCAGGCUCCUCCGUUCCCAGUCACAAGCCUCACUGGCAGCUCCUGCUCCCAUGGGUCCUAACAACAGGAGCUACAGUUUGCUGGAGCUGGCCCCCCAAGAGGCUCCUCCAGGCAGCACCAUUGACACUGCCCCCCUGUCUUCAGUAGACUCACUCAUCAACAAGUUUAACAGUCAGCUUGGGGGCCAGACCCGAGGCCGGACUGGUCGCCGCAUGCGGACGCUGCCCGCUGAACAGCGCAAGCGGAGUCAGAGCCUGGACAGCCGGCUCCCACGGGACAGCCUUGAGGAGCGAGAGCGCCAGUCCCCCAGCCACUGGACCCCUAGCACGAAGUAUGGCAAUCAUGUGAGCAGCUCGAAACAUCCAGCCCAGAGCCAGAGCUCUCUCAGUGGCUUUAGCCGUUCCCUUCAGACUCAGGACUGGGUCCUUCAGAGCUUUGAGGAGCCUCGGGAGAGAGCACAGGACCCCGCCAUGCUGCAGUUUAAAUCAACUCCAGACCUUCUUCGAGAUCAGCAAGAGGCAGCCCCACCAGGCACCGUGGACCAUGUGAAGGCCACCAUCUAUGGCAUCCUGAGGGAAGGAAGCUCAGAAAGUGAACCCUCUGUGAGGAGGAAGGUCAGUUUGGUGCUGGAGCAGGUACAGCCUCUGGUGAUGGUUUCUCCUGGUUCUACCAAGGCCCUGGCAGGGCAGGGUGAUCUCACCCGAAAAGUGGAGGAGCUCCAGCAAAAGCUAGAUGAAGAGGUGAAGAAGCGGCAGAAGCUAGAGCCAUCCCGGGUCGGGCUGGAGCGGCAGCUGGAGGAGAAGGCGGAAGAGUGUAGCCGACUGCAGGAGCUGCUGGAGAGGAGGAAGGGGGAGGCCCAGCAGAGCACCAAGGAGCUCCAGAACAUGAAGAACCUCUUGGACCAGGGUGAGAGGUUACGACGUGGGCUGGAAACCCAGGUGCAGGAGCUACAGAACAAGCUGAAACAGGCCCAGGGGCCUGAGCCUGCCAAGGAGGUGCUGCUGAAGGACCUAUUAGAGACCCGCGAACUCCUGGAAGAGGUCUUGGAGGGGAAACAGCGGGUUGAGGAGCAGCUGAGGCUGCGGGAGCGGGAGCUGACAGCCCUGAAGGGGGCCCUGAAGGAGGAGGUGGCCUCCCGUGACCAGGAGGUGGAGAAUGUCCGGCAGCAGUACCAGCGAGACACAGAGCAGCUACGCCGGAGCAUGCAGGAUGCCACCCAGGACCAUGCAGCGUUGGAGGCCGAGAGACAGAAGAUGUCGGCCCUGGUACGAGGGCUGCAGAGGGAGCUGGAGGAGACCUCUGAGGAGACAGGGCAUUGGCAGAGCAUGUUCCAGAAGAACAAGGAGGAGUUGAGAGCCACCAAGCAGGAACUCCUGCAGCUGCGGAUGGAGAAGGAGGAGAUGGAAGAGGAGCUUGGGGAGAAGAUGGAGGUCUUACAGAGGGAAUUAGAGCAGGCUCGAGCUGGUGCUGGAGAUAUUCUUCAAACCGAGGAGCUCAAGAAGGAGUUACGCCGGACACAGGAGGAGCUGAAGGAGCUGCAGGCAGAACAGCAGAGCCAGGAGGUGGCUGGGCGACACCGAGACCGCGAGUUGGAGAAGCAGCUGGCAGUCCUGAGGGUUGAGGCUGAUCGAGGCCGCGAGCUGGAACAGCAAAACCUCCAGCUACAAAAGACCCUCCAGCAACUAAGACAGGACUGUGAAGAGGCUUCCAAGGCUAAGCUGGCCACCGAGGCAGAGGCAGCAGUGCUGGGGCAGCGCAGGGCAGCAGUGGAGACCACGCUUCGGGAGACCCAGGAGGAAAACGACGAGUUCCGCCGGCGCAUCCUGGGUCUGGAGCAGCAGCUGAAGGAGGCCCGAGGCCUGGCGGAGGGUGGGGAAGCGGUGGAGGCACGACUUCGAGACAAGGUGCAGCGGCUGGAGGCAGAGAAACAGCGGCUCGAGGAGGCACUGAGUGCAGCUCAGGAGGAGGAGGGGCGCCUGGCAGCAGCCAAGCGGGCACUGGAGCUGCGGCUGGAGGAGGCCCAGCGGGGGCUGGCCCGCCUGGGGCAGGAGCAGCAGGUGCUGACCCGCACCCUGGAGGAGGAAGGGAAGCAGCGGGAGGUCCUGCGGCGAGGCAAGGCUGAGCUGGAGGAGCAGAAGCGUUUGCUGGACAGGACCGUGGACCGACUGAACAAGGAGCUGGAGCAAAUUGCAGAGGACUCUAAGCAAGCCUUGCAGCAGCUCCAGGCCCAGCUGGAGGAUUACAAGGAAAAGGCUCGGCGGGAGGUGGCAGAUGCCCAGCGCCAGGCCAAGGACUGGGCCAGCGAAGCCGAGAAGACCUCUGGGGGGCUGAGCCGGCUUCAGGAUGAGACCCAGAGGCUGCGGCAGGCCCUGCAGGCAUCCCAGGCUGAACGGGACACAGCCCGGCUGGACAAGGAGUUGCUGGCCCAGCGACUGCAGGGGCUGGAGCAAGAGGCAGAAAACAAGAAACGCUCCCAGGACGACAGGGCCCGGCAACUGAAGAGCCUCGAGGAAAAGGUCUCCCGGCUGGAAGCAGAGUUAGAUGAGGAGAAGAACACAGUGGAGCUGCUGACAGACCGGAUGAAUCGUGGCCGGGACCAGGUGGAUCAGCUGAGAACAGAGCUCAUGCAGGAGAGGUCUGCUCGGCAGGACCUGGAGUGUGACAAAAUCUCCUUGGAGAGACAGAACAAGGACUUGAAGAGCCGGUUGGCCAGCUCAGAAGGCUUCCAGAAGCCCAGUGCCAGCCUCUCUCAGCUUGAGUCCCAGAACCAGUUGUUGCAGGAACGACUGCAGGCUGAAGAGAGGGAGAAGACAGUUCUCCAGUCCACCAACCGAAAACUGGAGCGGAGAGUUAAAGAGCUGUCCAUCCAGAUUGAUGAUGAGCGACAGCAUGUCAAUGACCAGAAAGACCAGCUAAGCCUGAGGGUGAAGGCUCUGAAGCGGCAGGUAGAUGAAGCAGAAGAGGAAAUCGAGCGACUGGAUGGCCUGAGGAAGAAGGCCCAGCGGGAACUGGAGGAGCAACACGAGGUCAAUGAACAGCUCCAGGCCAGGAUCAAGUCCCUGGAGAAGGAUUCCUGGCGCAAAGCUUCCCGCUCCGCUACUGCUGAGUCGACCCUCAAACACGAAGGGCUGAGCUCUGAUGAGGAGUUUGAUGGCGUCUACGAUCCCUCUUCCAUCGCAUCACUGCUUACAGAGAGCAACCUGCAGACCAGCUCCUGUUAGCCCAUGAUCCUCAAGGGUCCAGAAACCAGGCUUGAGGCCUAUCCCAGCCAGCCCUGUUCUGCCCUGCCCACCUCAGAUCCCUAGUACCUGUGGGUGACCCAGUUAUUCAGACCUAAGACAGGAGGGGUCUGAGUGAUGGUGGUGAAAAGGACAAUGGCGAUAAGCCAGCCAAGAGAUGGACUUUCUUUUUCCACUGGAGGAGCGUGCAUUUCCGGCCAGCUCAGCCCUCCCCUGGAGUGCUGCCCCCGCCUUCAUCUCCCUUGUGGUGGAAGGACGGUCAGCAUAUAGCCUGAGGAGACUGAGCUGGAUAGGAAGGGCUAGAAAUUGCCAUGUGUACAAAGCUUUAUUUCUUUAGCCCUUAAACCCUAAGGCUCAGGGAAAUAGCCUAUGCUCUUCUGCUCUCUGGACUCCUGCAACCCAUUUUCCUCCCACUCUGGAGCAGGGUGAAGGACACGUUACGGGUAAUGGACACGCAGGCGUGGCUGUUCCCACUUCUCAGAUGCUCCUUUUUUGCACAGUCACGGGGCCCAUGCA